AUGGCGGACAAACUCCAGAAAUACAAAUUCACCGCAAGCACUAGCAAACAAGCUAACCCGAAGCCUACCACGAGGAACACAGCCAAAUUAGCCACACAGGGCGGAGCGACCCACACCGCACCCACCCAUCCCUCAGGUGAAGUCCCAGGUAUGGCUGAAGACUUGAAAGCGGAGAUUCUGGCCAGCAUAAGGGAAGACCUAAAAAACGUUAUAAGAGAUGAGCUCAAAUCGGCGCUGGCAGACGAGAUUAGCUCGAUCAAAAACGACCUACAAGGGCUAAAGAUGCUAAUCGCUAACGAUGUUACCGCUAUCCGUGCUGACAUGGAGCUUGUAAAGACAGAUGUAAACGAGGAAAUGGAGAGGUUGCAGCAACUGAAGUGUGAGAGACAGCUGGUUUGA